AUGAUUUUAAAAUUGUCACUAAAAGAGCAGCUGUCGGUGGUGAGGUCCACCUCGCGCUACGCCGACCUGGAGAAACCAAAAAAGAAAAAGACACUUAGUUCCACCAGCCUUGUUUCCAUACCAAACACCAUAAAGUUAAGCAUGUUAAAUAGCGGUUUAAUUUCAUUAGAUAAAGUUAAAAUUUCUGCCAGAGAUGAGAAGAACCCGCUGUCGCAAACGAUGCCGGACAAACCGACGGAGUUGCGGCACUUUGUCAAACUGUGCGAACAGCGGCGGAAGUUUCCCAUCCUGUACAAGCUCGAAUUCCAGACGGCUGUGAAGGUGGAGACCAACACGUGCAGGCACGCGGUGCGCAAAUCCAACGCCCACAAGAACCAAAAUCCCAAAUGCAUUCCAUACGACUACAACCGGGUCGUGCUCGGCAAGUACGAAAACAUCCCAGAUACUGACUACGUAAACGCGUCCUAUGUCGAUAGUUUACUGAAACCAAAUGCAUACAUCGUAACGCAGGGACCAACGGAGGAGACAGUGUUAGACUUUUGGCGGAUGGUGUGGCAGGAGAACUGUAGCGCAAUUGUGAUGCUGACGAAAACUUUUGAUUUUACCAAAGUAAUGUGUGUUCAGUAUUGGCCACCGAACCGGGAGAAAGAGGAAAUCUAUGGCGACAUUCACAUUACCGUGCAAUCCGAAGAAGAGCUUGCUAAUUUUCACAUAAGAACGUUUAGGUUAUUUAAAGUGAACAAAGAAAAAGUGGUUACGGAGGAACGUUUCCUGCUGCAAUUUCACUACACCGAAUGGCAUUCACACACCUGCCCUUUCUCCAACGCCAUCCUCGAAUUCCGACGGAGGGUCCGUUCCGUUGUGGGGACAAUCAUCAAAGCGAACAGCCAGGUCGGACCGAUGCUGGUGCAUUGCAACGACGGUGGCGGACGAUCCGGAGUGUACUUGGCCAUCGAUGCGAACAUGGAGCUAGCGGAGGAAGAAGACGCGUUUCACGUGUUCGGUUAUCUGAAAAAGUUGCGACAGUCGCGGAAGGGCCUUAUUGAAAAUGUGGACCAAUACAAGUUCGUAUACGACACGCUGGAGGAGUUUGUGAUCUGCGGCAACUCGUGGUUCCCGGUGAAGGAGCUGUCGGAGCGACUGAAGGAGAAAAGCCUUAAGGAUCCGGUAACGAAGAUGAACGCCUACCAGAAGGAGUACGCGCAAAUCUGCAAGCAGACGCCUCGGUUCACCAUCGGCGACUGUGCCGGUGGACAUCGCGGUGACAAUCGAGACAAAAAUCGGGACGUCCUCUGUGUGCCACCUGAUAACUUCCGUCCUUACCUUACCUCGUUUCAGGGAAAUUCAUUUACCGAUUACAUUAACGCCGUAUUUGUAGAUGGCUAUACUAAGCCUAGAGAGUAUAUAGUUACCGAGUGGCCCUUACAGAAAACUUGCGGCGAAUUUUGGUCCUUAGUGUACGAUCACGAGUGUUCCGCGAUCGUCGUUCUUUGCCAACCGCCUCAAAACUCGCAACAAUAUCCCUCCUGCUGGCCCGAGGGGCGUCAUUCGAAGAAGUACGGUCCAGUGUUUACGAUCGAUCACAUUUCGCAUAAUCACUACGCCAACAUUAAAUCGUGGAUGUUCCGGAUCAACAAGAAGGUCAUCUCGCUAACGGAACUGAUGGCCGGCGUUAAGGCUCCUCCCAGAACGGUUCAACUUUUCCAACUGAUAUGCUGGCCUAUGGGACAUAAGGUGCCAACAUCGACAAACUCGCUAGUGGAAUUGAUGAACAUGGUCGAACGAUGGAGGCAAAAAACCGACUACGGCCCAGUUUGUGUAGUUUCACCAGAUGGCCGUAGUCGCGCGGGGGUGUACUGUGCAGCGAAUGCGUGCAUCGAACAGGUUAUUCAACACGGUGAAGUGGACGUUUUCCAGGCUGUUAAAACGGUUCGAAGGCACCGGCCCCAGCUGGUGGAUAACAUGACUGAGUAUAAAUACUGCUAUGAUUUAGUUUUACACUACGUUCUACACUAUUUAAAUAAAGACUUGAAGGAAAAGAAGUGAGAAUGCGAUUUACACGAUGAUCUGUGGUUUAUUGAGUUUGGCCGCGGCAAAAGCAUACCACUUACGCCCGACAACUCAAACGCGGAACUCUCCAAAG